AUGACAACUCAAAAAACUGGCAAUUUUUUCUCACAAAUAUUUUCGGAAAUUCCUGACUUAGAAAAAGAAGAAAAAUCUCGACAGGAAAGUAAUUCUAUAAAACGAGCAAUUCGUCAGUUAUUUAUACCUGACAGCAAAACAACCAAUGAACUUUUUGAUGCCAACUUACAAAUUGCUGCUGGCCCUCAUUUUCAAUCAGUUAAAAUUGAGGAUGUACAUAUUUAUCGUGGAGAAGAAAAAUUAACUAUUAAAUUUCCACAGUCAUUUGAAGAAUGUAAUUUUGAUGUAUCGAUAAUGGAGAAUAUUAAAAAGAAGAAUUACAAAACUCCAACACAAAUCCAAGCAGCUAUGAUUCCUUUGAUUCGGGAUACAGAUUGUGGGUUAAAUAAAUUUUUUAAGCAUUUUUCCUCUUUUCAGCUUUAUUUUAUUUCUUAUGAUAUACUCGGACAUUCACAAACCGGCACUGGGAAAACUGCUGCAUUUUUAUUGCCUAUAAUUGAUGAAAUACAUAAAGGGCAUCAAAGUGGACAAAUUACCUUUAACAGUGAUUCUCCCUAUGUAAUUGUUCUUGCAACUACUCGUGAAUUGGUUAUGCAAUUAUUUGAGGAUGCACUUGCUUUUGCAUCUGGAACAUCAGUUUCAGUUGCUUAUGCAAUUGGCGAUAUGCCGUCUGGAUAUUCAAUAAGAACUCUCAAAAAAGGAUGUGAUAUAUUUAUUUCUACAAUUGGCAAACUUUGUGAUUAUUUGGCCUAUUCUGUUGUAACAACAUAUAAAAUGAAAUAUUUUGUGCUUGAUGAGGCCGAUAGAUUUCUUUCAAAGCAAUGUGCUUUGGAUGAUCUUCGCAGAUUAAAUGAUUUUGGUUAUUUGAAACCAAAACACCGAACAAUCAUGUUAAGUGCCACUUUUGAUGUUGAAACUCUUAAUGAUAUUAAAAAUGAAUUUAUGGCAGAAAAUCAUUGCUGGAUCCGUGCUGGCGCGGUUAAUCAAGUUGUCAACACAAUUACGCAAAAAAUAUUGAAAGUUGCUCAUUUUCAAAAAAGACAGACACUUUUGAAGAUUCUUUUGGAAAAGUCAACAAAUAUAAAUCAGCCAUUUGAAGAAACAAUUUAUAAAACUGAAAAAACAGUCAUUUUCAUUCAUGGACGUCGUGAAUGUGACCGCCUGUCAAUUGUUUUAGCAUGUGAAGGAUUUAGAGUAAUUCCAGUAAAUACGCAUAGAACAUUGAAACAAAGAACUGAAGCAGUGGAAAAAUUUAAGAAAGGAGAAUACGAUAUUCUUGUUUCAAAUGACCUUUUAGCACGAGGGAUGAAUUUUCCGAAUGUUGAUCAUGUUAUAAAUUAUGAUUUGCCUACACCAGAGAAUCUUGUUCAAUAUAUUCAUGCUGUUGGAAGAACAGGCCGAGCGGGGAAUGCUGGACUUGCUACUUCCUUUUUCGAUCCGUUUGGGCCAGAUAGUCUUUUAGCGAAAAGUCUUAUUGUAAUUUUAGAGCAGUCAAUGCAAGUUGUUCCUGAAUUUCUUCGAGAUAUUGUUAGGCACCAACAGAGAAUUGCUGAGCAGUGCGAGCAGUAUCAACAUUCUGAUACUUACGAGGAAAUUGGUUUGGAAUGUGAGCCAACAACUAGUAAAGAAUGUUUAAAUUUAAAUUAUAAUGAUACUUGGUAG